AUGCUAGCUUGGGCCUACACGGCCAACGUCGUGGUUCCGUACGCUCGCCCACGACUGCGCGUCGAUGCCUACGCCUGCGCGCUGAUUCAUCCGACGCUGGGUUCGCGGCUCCACUACGUUCCAUUCCCUUCCAGCCCAGGCGGCGACCGCGUUCCCAAGGUUGCGACAAAAACACCACGGCCCAGUGCCUCCUUCCCUAUAAGCUCCCUCCCGCGCACCGAGACAUCACACAGUCGCCUCCCGCCCGACCCAAGCCAACCUCAACCACCCCGCGUGUCACAUCCAGUGGCCUCAUCCAGACGUGCCCGCAUACGCCCCAACACACGCUCUGGCCCACCAUGUGAGCCUCGCGUCACCAUAUCCAUCACCGCGCCCGGCACCCAGGCCGACACAGACCUGCUGACGCUCGAACUGCCGCCGGGCAGCACCGUCAAGGACCUCAAGGGCUUCAUCGAGGCCGACACCAACCUGCCCGCGGCGUCACAGAGCCUCUACCUGAACGGCCAGCCGGUAGCCAUAGACACGCAGACACUCGAGGACGCCGGGGUACGGGAUGGCGAGAUGCUGGCCGUCGUGAUGCGCCCCGCACCCCGACAGAACAGGAACCUCCAGCACCCGGGCAGGCCCGCCCAACCUGAUCCAGAGGGCGUGCGACAGCUCGUCCUCAACGACCCCCAGCAGAUGAACAAGCUGCGUCAGGGUGACCCGGAGCUCGCCGCCGCCGUCAACGACCCCACCCGCUGGAGAGAUACAUAUGCCAUGAGGCAACGACAGGCGGAGGAGUCGGAGCGCGAGCGUCAGAACCAGAUCGCCCUGCUCAACGAGGACCCCUUCAACGUCGAGGCGCAACGAAAGAUAGAAGACAUUAUUCGCCAGGACCGCGUUGUCGAGAAUCUGCAAAAGGCAUACGACGAGAACCCUGAAGUCUUCACCCGCGUGCACAUGCUCUACGUCAACACCGAGGUCAAUGGCGUGCCCGUCAAGGCCUUUGUCGACUCUGGCGCCCAGGCCACAAUCAUGUCCCCCGACUGCGCCGAGCGAUGUGGUAUCAUGCGGCUGAUGGACGUCCGAUACGCCGGCAUGGCGCGUGGUGUCGGUACAGCGCGCAUUCUGGGUCGCGUGCAUCACGCCGAGAUCAAGAUUGGUGGCGCAGUCAUGCCCUGCGCUUUCACUGUCAUGGAAGGCAAGGAUGUCGAUCUACUUUUCGGUCUGGACAUGCUCAAGCGUUACCGCGCCAAAAUCGAUCUUGAGAAGAAUGCCCUGUGCUUCGAAGGUCAGGAAGUACCCUUCUUGCACGAAUCGGAAAUCCCCAGGAGCUUCGAGGAGGCCGAGAUGAAUGAACCGACUGUGUCUGGUCCUAAUGGAGAGGAGAUUGGUGCAAAGACGGGUGCUGUACGACCGAAAGGUAGCGCUGCAGCUGGUUCCUCGAAUGCAGGUGCCUCAUCUUCGUCGUCUCAACCUGCACAGCAGCAAGCCCCACCCACAGCGUCCAAGGCACCCGCACCAUCUGCACCUAACAGCAACUUUCCCCGGGAACAUGUUCAGCAACUUACCGGUAUGUUUGGCUGCUCAGAACAAGAAGCCAUACAAGCCUUGGAGAUGUUCGGAGGCAAUGUCGAACAUGCUGCAAGUUUUCUCAUCGGUUAG